GGCGCGAUGCAAGCUCAGUAGCUGAUUGAACCGCGUCGUGUGCAGGUAUCCAAUCCUUUUCGAAGCAAUGGCCAUGGAUGACUACGAUGAUGACAUGAGCAGCGUGGGCGUAACCACGGCACGCAUUGAGAAUCAACAGCAGCAGCAACAGCAUCAUCAGUACCAUCAACAAGGACAUGGACAGGGACCCCAGCAGGGACAGUACAGUACGGGUGCCGUCAAGGUGGGCGGAUGGCGCUACGAGGAUGCGAGUCGUUAUAUUGGCGAGUGGAAUCAGCGUGGUCAGAAGCAUGGCAUUGGCCAUCUGCAGUUUGCCGACGGCACCCGCUACGAUGGACAAUUCCAGGAGGGACUUAGCCAGGGUCUCGGUUCCCUCUGGUUUGCCGAUGGUGCCAAAUACGAGGGGGAAUUCCAUCAAGGCUGGUUCCAUGGCAACGGCAUUUUCUGGCGCUCGGAUGGCAUGAAAUAUGAGGGUGAGUUUCGUGGCGGCAAAAUCUGGGGAUUGGGACUGCUCACAUUUCAGGACUUUACACACGGCUUUCCACGCAACGAAGGCUACUUUCAGGACUGCCGCUUCAUGAGGAAACGUCGAUGUCCAGAGGUGGUUCAACGUGCCCAAAAGUGUGCUCUUAUGGCGCGCUCCCAAUGCGAUAAUACCUAUUAAUAAGCCAAGUUGACAAUAAAGAGAAACUCGUUUAAC